AUGGUGGUGAAUAAGGCAAUUAUUGGUGCUCAUCAAUAUUUAGCUAUUGUUGCUUUUCUCCAUCUUUUCUUGAGCUCUAUUGUGCUUAACACCAUAGAAGCUAGGGAUGUUAGGCCAUUGUUGAAGAAUUUUCGAAGUAGCUAUGGGUCGUUAACCCAUCGUAAUAAUGAAGGGAAGUACUCUUUUGUAAAGGUGGCACGAUCUGGACCUUCUCCAUGUGGUCCUGGACAUGCUUGCAACUCUUUUGUAGAGGUGGCACAAUCUAAGCCUUCUUCGCCAGAUGCUAGACAUGAUGAAGGUUACAAUUUCAUAAAGGAUGUCCAGUUCCAACCAGCUAGAUAUGAUCAAGGUUAUACUUUAACAAAUGUGGCACAAUCUGUGCCUUCUCCGCCACGCGGUCUUGGGCAUGGUCAAGGUUACACUUUUGCUAAGGUGGCGCAAUCGGGGCCUUCUCCACGUGGCGCGGGACAUGAUCAAGGUUACACUUUCACAAAUGUGGCACAAUCUGAGCCUUCCCCAUGUGGUCCUGGACAUGACGAUCAAAGUUACACUACUCUCACAAAGGUGACAUCAUCUGGACCUUCUUAUUCGCAUAACACCAGACACGUUCCAAGUUACAGUUUCAUAGAAGUAGCGCAAUCUGGACCUUCCCCACGAGGCGCGGGACAUGAUGGAAUUAGUGAAGGCAUUGUGGAUGGUUCAGUAGAUGUUGAUGGAUCUUCAUCAAUUACAGUUGAUCAAGAUUUGGUUGGUUUGGUAGUAAGUAAUGCUGAUGAGGCUUUUGAGGUGUAUAACAGUUAUGCAUAUACACUUGGUUUUAGUGUGAGGAAGGGUCAUCAACGAUACAAGGGAUCUUCGAACACAAUUCAAAUGAAGAAAUUUUGUUGUUCUAAGGCUGGUUACAAGGCUAACAGUGGGGUUAAGGCUUAUUCCAAAAUUGACACAAGGACAGGGUGUGGAGCGUUUGUUCAAUUUGACGUGGGUGAUGAUGGGUUGUGGACAGUUACGAAACACGAGAAAGUGCACAAUCACGAGUUAUGUGUGUUCAACAAGAGUCAUCUACUUCGUUCACAUAGGAGUGUCGGAGAUAAUCAGCUCUUAUAUUUACAAGGUUUGAAGGACAGUGGUGUUGCAUUGGCAGAUGGUAUUAGGUUCCUAAAACACCAAUCGGGGGGGUCCCCUUUAGUUGGUUUCACCAGUAGAGAUGCUUAUAAUUCAAUGGCUGCGGAUACUGUCAAGCGAUUGGAUGGAACGGAUUCUAACUCUUUAAUUGAAAUUUUUAGGAGGAGGCAGUCUACCGAGACUGAUUUUUUCUUUGAUUUUGAACUUGACUUGGAUGCAAGGUUGUGCAGUUUUUUUUGGAGGGAUGGUCAAAUGAGACGAGAUUACGAGGUGUUUGGGGACUUGUUAGUGCAUGAUACGACAUAUCGCACAAACAAAUACGAUAUGAUUUGUGCCCCUUUCGUAGGGAUGAAUCACCAUUGCAUGAAUGUAAUGUUUGGAUGCGGGUUUUUGAUGAACGAGAGGAUAGAAUCGUUUUUGUGGUUGUUUAAAGUGUUUUCAAGAUCAAUGGGUGGCAAGUCUCCACAGACUAUUAUGACAGAUCAAUGUGCAGCUAUGGCUGCUGCUAUAUCUAAAGUGUUUCCAACAUCACGUCAUCGUCUUUGCAUAUGGCAUAUCGGUGAGAAUUCAAAGAAGCAUAUCAAGACGUUAAGGAGCAAUAAGGAUUUCUUGGAUAUGUUUAACUACGUGUUGAAAUACACAGAGACCGAAGCUGAAUUUCAAUUCUAUUGGACAAGGUUGGUGACUGACUAUAAAUGUCACAAGAAUACUUGGUUAGAAAAGCUAUAUGACUGUAGGGAGAAGUGGUGUCCAGCAUUUAACAAGGACUAUUUUUCUGGGGGCAUUCUAUCAUCACAAAGGAGUGAAACUACAAAUCAUUCGAUUUCUAGAAGGUUGUCCAAGACAGCGGGUCUUUGUGAUUUCUAUUCAUCGUUUGUAAGCGUAAUUUCUGAAUGGAGAAGUAAAGAGAACGGUGAAGACUUUCGGUGUGCUCAAGGGGUACCCGCUAUGAUGAUGGAGCAUGUGAAACUUCUUUCACAUGCUAGAGAGGUAUACACGAUUGAGAUAUAUUUUCUGUUUGAGGAACAAUUCAUGAAAGGCAGUGCGUGUCAUCAAGAGAUGGUGUUGAAUGAUGGCCGUCAACAGAAGUAUCACGUGUGGCGGCCAGAUAUAGAUAUUAUAAGGCAUGAGGUUAGUUUUAACGCAGCCAACUUGGACAUUUCUUGUAGUUGCAAGUUGAUGUCUGAGUUGGGAAUUCUAUGUUGUCAUUGUAUACGCAUUCUUCACGUACAUUGUGUUUCUAGUAUUCCCGACAAAUAUAUACUUAAAAGAUGGACUAAAAAGGUUAUUGAUGGUAGGAAUGUCAACAUUGAUUCUAUGGUUUAUAAUGUUGGUGUUCCUCCAUCAAUUUGGGUGUUCGAUAUUAGUAGAAAAUUUCAAAGAUUAGUUGUGUCUAGUCAAGAUAGCAGCGUAGCGAGGAAACUGUGUGACGAGGCUGUUGAUGAUGUAAAGAAAAAGGUUGAAGCCGAGGUUGGGCAUGUGCAUAUUGAAGAGUGUGGUGUUUCAUCUUCAAGUGGUGGUGUUCAAAAUCCUUCAAGUCGGAGAUUGAAAGGUGAGCGUAACAAAAGGAGGAGUGGUGUUAUUGAAAAGAAGUACAGUCUUGCAAGGGGGAGAAGGAGUGCUGCAAAUAAAGCUGCAUUGAGUACAAAGGGUGCUGUUCAGUCUUUGGUGUUGGAAAACAUAUCCAAGCUUGCUGGGGAUGGAUACCUUGUACAUCCAAGUUCUUCAAGUUCAGAUUUUGUUCAGUUUAGUAAGGGUUUAGAUGACAAUGUAGGUGUAGAUUGA